ACAAUCAACAACAGAUCAACCAUGUCCAGUAAAAAUAUUUAAAAACACAGGCAGUGAGCUCGUCCCCACAAUAAACCCUGAGACACUUGUUAGGAAGUGUGGCUCAAAUCGACCACUAUUGUGAAAGUUGAGACCGGAAGCGCCUGCAUGUUGCUGCGCAGUGUGACAGUGGCUGGGGACAGGAUGCUGUCAGGCCAAACAGACGCACCGACCUAACGGGGAGAAACCGCAGCAGCAUCUUUGCUUUCUGAAACUGGAUAUCCAGAUUAUGGACAUGGUAUAUUCACAAGGGAUUAAGAAAACAGACCUCUGCAACUAUUACAAAUCACAAGACAACCACAGCUGAGACUCCCACUGACAACCUGCAGCACCUGGAGGAGAGGGAUGAGGCAUCCACUACUAACAGCCAAUAGCAAAAACUUGGAGCAUCGAAAUAGCCAAUAGCCUCAAUGAAGACCAUUGUGCUAGCCAAUAGGACUGCUCCAAACUGAUAGUGUGGCGAGAUUAAGGGAGAGCUGAACCGAGGGUGGAGAGGCAGCGGGGCUACCAUCCUCUAUUUUUUCCUUCCGCCCUGUGGAAGCACUCAACCACAACACACUCAUCAUCCUUUUUCCUCCUUUCCAUUCUGUCACUGCACUCGUUCUCUCACUUUUUAUCCAUCUAACUGUCCAUCUUACUUGAUGAAUAGGUCAGUGGAACCUACGCCCCGCAGACCUGUAUAGACUUUUUAGUGAACAUCAGUGAAUUCAAUUAUUCAGGCUGUAGAGCUGCCAACAGAGAUCAUCCUACUCAGGCAAUGCAGUAGUAUAUCUGAAUACAAUACUUGACCUGCCCCCCAGCCCAGAGUCUGGCUCAGUCCCACCAGGUCCUAUAAGCAAUAAGGGCCAGGGGAUUCAUCUCUUUCUAGACUUUCACUUCUCUACCUUGUGUCUUCAUGGUUUGGGGGUCCUCCGGUGCCCCCGCCCUCUGUCGACCCCCCCGCACCCGCUGCCACCACGGCCGGCCACCCCAGUCGCCUUGUUGCCAUGCCGACAGAGACACUGGCUCCAGCCCUUCCAGAUAGCAAGGCAGCUGGCCCCGCGACGCCCUUCACUUCCACCGUGCCCCUCCGCAUCCUCAAUAAGGGUCCUGACUACUUCAGGAGACAGGUGGAACCUAACCCAAAGCGCCUUAGUGCUGUUGAGAGACUAGAAGCUGACAAGGCCAAGUAUGUCAAGAGCCAGGAAGUUAUCAACGCCAAGCAGGAGCCAAUCAAACCACCAAUGCUGGCCAAGCCUCCCAUCGGUCACACCCUCCUGUCCAAGAGAGGCUCUGGGAUUGGUGGAGGAGGAAAUGGAGGUGGGAUACCUUUCAAAGCAUCCAAUAACAACGCCAAGUCAGACACAUGUGCAACAAGCAGCGGCAGCAGCAAACGGGAGAAUUUAAACCUGGAGAUCCUGAAAAAUCUGCUUAACUCAUCGUCCUCUUCAGGAGCAGGAUCUGAAGGGCUAGGAGGUGGAGCUAAGAGUGCGGUGAUGAUGAGGUCAUCAGGGGGAAUGGCCAGGAGUUGGACACCUUCAGGGAUGCCGUUAACUUACCGAUCUACAAUGACGCUUAAUGAGCAACCACCAGACUCAGCUCCUAGUCCAAGCACCUCACAUUCCCUCCGAUCCUUCUCCCAUUCCCUGAAGGUCCCUCCAGUCAACAUUGGGGGGCGUCGCAGUCCACUCCAGGGAGGAAACCUAAACCUUAGUAGACGAGUCCUGGACGAGAGAGGAGGUGAAGGAGGAGUUAUCGAUCGCUCUCGUUCCCCACUACCACCUCUGCUCACCUCCCAUUCCUCCUCUGACCUCCUGCGACUGUGCAAUGGCAAGCCACUCCGCAUGGCCCGAUCCAGCAGCUCCUCAGCUCCACCCCUCCCUCCAAAACCCAACCCUGCCUCCCUCCCUCCUCCCGCACUUUCCUUGUCAUUGCCUCCCCCUCAUCCAACUCCAUCCCCCUCGCCCUGUGACAACAAUACCCCUCAGUCGCUACCUUGUGAUAUCGGAGACCCUUACAAUACUUCAACAGAUCCCACCCUGGAGCUUGAGCUUGGUUCAUCCGUGGCUCGUCGCUCCUCGCUACACAGAUCUAAAUCAGACCUGUCAGACCGGUACGCCCGUGCUGGAGCUGAUGUGGAACGUUUUUUUAACUAUUGCGGCAUCGACCCAGAGGAGCUGGAAGCAGUCGGUCCAGAGAACUUUGCACGGGCUAACUCAGAUAUCGUCAGCCUUAACUUUCGAUCAGCCUCUAUGAUCUCCUCUGACUGUGACCAGUCUAGGCAAUCCUCCAACGAUGGACUAUCAGAUGCGGAUGAGGGCGAGGAGGAGGAGGAGGAGGCAGGGGAGCGUGUUCCAUAUGGUAUCUCUGCUGUUGAGCGAAAUGCAAGAGUCAUUAAGUGGCUGUACAGCAUCAGACAGGCGAGAGAGACGCAAAAAGUCUCACAUGUUUAGGACAAGCAGUAAAAUGGAUUGGAUGUACUGUAAACUACAGACAAACUGCCCCAUGUUUCAGAAUUGAUAGAUGGACCAACAUUACUUAUAGGUUUAGAGACUGUGAUCUUGUGGCUGAAUUGAAAAUUUGUCAAAAUGUAUAGAUGGAUGAACGAAUGGAGGGAAGAGAAAGUCUAACACAAACUAGGUAAGAAAACAGACAAUGUUUUGUUUAGAUGUAUGAAGAGUGAGGAAAAGGACUCCAAUCCUCCCUGAAUUAGAACAACAUGAACACUAAAAACAGAAAGGAAUUAAACUUGGACAGUCAUAUGAACAAAAUCUAGUCCAGUCUAGUGUGGAGAGACAAACACAGGACAUGUUUAAAAAAACGACAGAUGUCUGUCAAUUUGCUUGAGCAACAAGAGCGAAAUGCACUACGAUUGUCCAAGGACCCAUAAAGUGACCGCCUCACUACACUACACGGGGUUAUAGGCCAUUCUCACUGACAACAUUUUGGCUUGUCCAACAUUACAUUUGGGGGCAGCCUGGUUUCAGACCUAUGCAUAAUCACCCACAUCUGAUUUGCUCAGCUAUUCAAAAAGGAUUGGUUUCAUGUUUACUAUUCAUAGCGUUGUAGGAGGGAUUAUGAAUUGAGACAUAUAGCCUAUAUAGCUUAAUCUGUAAAAAAUGCCAACAUGAUGUAAGUGUAAGUAAUUAAAAAAAAACUCCCGCUGGGAAUCCACAUUAAAAGUGAGACGUAGCGUUCUGUAUGAUGAAUCCGCACCAACUCCACUCUCCACUUUUCCAUCUCCAUCCUCUGAAGCAGUUGUCCUGUCAACAGCACCUGAGGAGAUGAGAGGACACUGGCCAGACCAACUGUCCAGGCAGUCACACACGUGUGUCUCUGAAUCAGUGUGCAUUGACACAUGUGAAAAAAUGGAACAUUUCACAACAACAGUUCUCACAUUGCGCCUUUCAUAUAGAGCAGGUCUAGACCGUACGGUUUUGAUAUUAUUCACAAAGACCCAACAGUUCCCACCAUGAGCAAGCGCUUGCCGGCUUGCCUUUUAAGAGGCAGAAACCUCGAGCAGAACCAUGGCUCAAGGUGGGCGGCCAUCUGCCUCGACCAGUUGGGGUUGAGGGAGAGAGAGAGAGAGAGAGAGAGCCAUAGAGGGCUGGGGGGAGUGGGGAAAGCAGCCAACACAGUAUCCAGACUGAAAAUGAUGAAAUAAUUAUAGAAAUGAUAAUAAUAAUAACAAGUGGACUAGUAAUAAUACAACAAAGGGUGUUGAGCAGGAACACGGUAGCAGGUUCAAUUGAUAUUAGGGCUUUGUCACAAAACCAACUUUAGACGAUUAAGAAUUAAAAGGUAAUUUGUUUGAAUUUAUUUGUUGCAGAAUUUACUUGAUUCUGCCCAUCUGCACUGUCUCUGCUGCCUCACUGAGUGACACAGCUAGCAGGUGACUUCACAUUUGUUGUGCUAAUAUUACUGUAAGGCAGUCCGCAGUUAUCCACAGUUUUUACAUCUGUGGUGUCAAAUCCAGAAUUCUUCCUCGCAUUAUUUCUAAGGUGGUUUGGUAUCACGAUCAUCUGUUCAGCACUUCACUAGUUUCCUGCAAUUUGUGUUAGCAAAGAGCAACAACAAAUCAGUGUCACAGUGCAUUAACAAACGUUACUGUUGCACUUAUAGAAUGUGAAUUUGAAUUAAAUUCAGAUCAAAUAUUUAUUUUAUCCUAUAUUUAUCCUACAAUUGAACGGUACUUUCAAUUUCAAAUACAACCACCUUAAUCAGUUUAAUGCUUACUGGAAUCAUAGCUCCUGUGUAAACUAAAACUCACUACUGAUUGGUCAGGCCAAAAUGUCCACUUUGAGAAAGGCCUAUGUCACAGUGUUGAUCUCUCAGUUUAAACACACUUUGAAAAAAGUCCCUGAUCUCUUUGAAAAACAGAUACUGAACGCUGUCAAAAAUGAGAAAUCACUUUGGAAAGUCAGUGAUGCUGGUACACUGUGCGACCGUAAUGACGUCCACUCAGAGAAGUUACUUAAUAUUCAUUACAGGUGACUGUUAAAGGAAACAUGUAUCAAUGCCGCACUAACUUAAUGGGUCAAAAGAUUAGGUCAUUAAGGAAUCAAGGUAUAAACUAUGAUAUUGUAAAUUAUAGAGAAAGUCAUGAAAAACAAGUGGUUAUAAGCUAGCUUUCACUAAGCUUUAGCUCUUAAGCUAGUUAUUGUAAUUGCUAAAUGAAGGCCUAGGAGUGUGUAAUGUUUGAGUGACAAAGGAAACAGGAUGUUGACAAUGAGUCAUUUAGACAGAUGCUCACACAAUAUAAAAUAUAAUCUCUCAAUACUUAUCUGUACGGCAUUAAGGGCACACAAUCAUAUCAAUGCGUUGAUUAAAAAAUUUGUCAUCAAUCUGUUUAUUUCAACCAACAAAACAUUUCACUGGAGAGUUCUGGUGUCAUGUGAUGGGAUAUGGUUUUUCAAAGGCUGUUCCACACUGACAAGAGUCCUGACAUGUAUAAAUAUAGAAAAUAAAGAAAUAAAAUAAUAAUUAAUACAGUACACAUAAAUUUUGCCAACGUUAGUUCUUCCCACUAUACAUUACUUUUCAUUGAAGUUAAACCAUUGUAUUUAUAUUUUACAGUUCUGAUUUGAAAGAGUGUAAUUUUCACAUGGAAGAGUCACAAUGUAAAUUGUAUUUGUACAAUGACAAUCAUGAUUAAUGAUAAACUCAAACAUUUAUUGAACAUUUGUUAGGAAAACUAUAUUGUUAUUAUUAUCAUUGUUUUAUUGUCCAGCCCUAAGUCAUCAGUAACUGAUAAACAUUAAUUUAGUGAGUUUGCCAAACUACUAGACAUCCUUUCUAUUGUGUAGUCAAUGUCCUCUCUACAUGCUGGUGUGGGUUUAACAGAUGAAGAACAUCACUAUAUAAUGCUAAUGCUUGAUGCAUAGAGAGUGGCCCGUGUCUUUAUUCUCUUCAGAAAGACAACACUCAUUUUCUUACUUAAAUUAACUCAGUGAUAGCAUGAUGGUGUUUUCAGACAUUUAGCUGUCCAAUGAAUGAGUUGGCAGUCAGUACAUAUGACUUCAUGUUUACUCCUCUUAGUUCAUGUGUAAUAAGUCAGUGAACAUGAAUGGGACCACAACUAAAAGACAACUAUUCUUUAUUUUCAUCUUGUGCGAAGCAAAUGAACCAAAUUACAGGUGUUAAACGGAUCAAACCUACACACAUAUUACAGAUGCCAUCACUUCUUUACUUCUUACUCGGUGAAAGUAAAAGUUCAACAGAGAUGAUCACUGGGAUCAAAUGAAGGACUGUUACAGGACACCAAAACUCUCCUUUCAAACACAAUUAUGCGAUUAUGUACACCACCGGGCACUAUCAACCUGCACUGAAAGCAAUAUAAGUCUGUUCACUAUUACAGGACAUUUUACUAUAUGGUAUUGCAUAGGAAGGUGGAAGUAUGCUCAUGAUCAUUUUAUAUGUCAAUGUUCUCUACAAAUGCCACUUGAGAUGUAUAGGUGUUUAUAGUUGCUUAUACGGUAAAUAGCGUCCUACAACCACACACAGGAGGAACUCCAGUAGUGGGUCUGCAUUACUUCAUGGUGGACGUGUCAAUGCCCUCAGCUCUGCUUUCCCUCUCUCCACCUCUGUCUUCAAAACCAGCCGCAGGGAGAAACCUGUUAAUGAAGGUUGGUCCAUUACCAAGUUCACCUCCACCCUUACCAUGUCAUCUAUGUAGAUGUCUGCACAUCGCUGACAUGUCGCAAGGCCUGAAGUCAUGGGUGUGAAUGCAGCGCCUCAGUCAGUGUUUACCAAAUGUCAGUGUGUCUGUCUGCCCCACCACCUCCCUUCACCUCACCUUAAAUCAGUGGUGGAGUGUGUCCAACAGCAGCAACAACCCUGCUGGGCUUACUUCACUUUGCUGCACAGUACGCUGUAUCAGAAAAAACAUAAGCAUCAACACCUGAGGCGACCUCAGUCCCUUUCAUUUUGACAGGUAAAAGGUUUGGAAUGCACAUGGGAGAGUGGGGUGAGAUGGGCCACAUAUUAGUGGAAUAUAUCUAGUCCUUAGAUAAAGGCUUGCUGCUGUCUAACACCCCAUUUACGCUUUUUAUGCGUCCGGUAGAUCAGAUAGCUAUCCAGUAUCAAGAACGUAGAGUAAAUGCAACCGAGAAACACCAAAAGACAGACUGAAGUCGGGUUGUUCAAACAAGAUCAGGACACAGUGUGAGAAGUUUUAUUGGUAAAUAUAUCUGUCUUGCCAAGUCACAUAGGUCAUAUCAUCAUAGCCUUUGCUAACUUGUAGCAGCUGAGAAAACAUCUGGUGUUUUGGUCUGGCUAUUUUCAAGCUCAGAAAAACUGAAGUGGCAUACAGAGUAGAGCAGGAUGUUCUGCUGACACAUUGUAUUAUACAACAGUCCUCCUAAGAAACACUCUGAAACCACAUUAGUUUAAUGUAAGUUACAACUCACCAUUAAAUCCGAAAGUCAUCAUACGCUAUGAAACCGCAUUUUGGUCAUGCAAUACUAAAAUUUGAGAUUAAAACUUGAGGUUAGUAGCGUUAAGACCUCAGUAUGCUUCACAUCAACUCAUCUUUGGAUUGUUUAACAGCAUCUGAGAGCCUAUCCAGCAGUCAAACCCACAUCACACAGUGAUUGAUAAGAAGUUUGAAAGCAGGCAGGCUUUGAACUGCCCUCGCUGUGCAAACAAUAUUGCCUGUAUACUGAAACACACCUCCUCGUAGUGUUUAUCUAAAGUCCUGCGUUACAAAUGACUAUUCUGCCAUCCUUCCCCCCCAGAGUACCUGGAACUUGGAUAAAGUAUAUGGAAAUACAAAGGAAAUUUUGUACUAAAGCGAAAGUAACUUUGGAAGAUUGAUAUGGCUAAGUCAGAGUACUAAAGCCUCAUUAAUUAACAGCUGAAUUUUAGAAUCCCCAAGGCAGGAUUUUGUCCCUCACAGUGUAGUCACGCCACAGUGGUUAGCAUUUCAUGGCCAGUUCUGACCGGUGGAAUAAUAACCAAUACAUCUUUAAACAUACAUAUGGGCAUAUCAAGGUCAAUUUGAAAAAUCCAAACAUGUCAUUAAAAAACACUGCCAACAUAUCCUAACAAAAUAAUAAUAACAAAAUAUUCAUAUACUCACGUUUGAGCAAAACAGCAUUGUGGGAGUUGUAGGAAGUUUCCAUUAUUGAUGAAUCCCUUCUUCCUAAAUUAGACUACAGUGGAAGUGAAGUGAACCCAUCUGGGAGAAAGACCCUUCCCACAUCUCCUCACUCUUAGCGCAGGGCUGUGCUAGCAUGUUCCUGUCCAUUACCCUGAUCUGUCAUUUCCACUGACCUUCCCCCCGGAACCCAGGAAACCCUGCUGCUUCACACUGUCAGCAUUUACAAAGACAAUAUUGUACCUUUCUGGCAGUAACAUUAUGCUUCACUUUCACCUUCGUCUACAUGGUGUGUUUUUGUUUAUUUUCUAUCUUUGGCUUAACAGAGAUCUUCUGUGGUAUUUGCUUUGUUUUAUUUUUCUUCUAUGUCUAGAUGCUGUAAGAAAAACGUAUAUAUUUGAUUUAAGAAAGCAAUGUGUUGGAUUUCGUUUUUUUUCUCUGUCUGAAGGUUUAUGUGUUACAAAAGAUUCCAAACAAAAACUCCUCGGUACAGAACUGCCUGAUCAAACUCGGCAGGGUUGUUUCAACUUAGACUUAGUGUUGACUGUUUUUUGACGUGGAAACUGUUACAUUUUGCUUGAUUAAAGAAAAAAAGUGUUCAUGUUUAGUUUCUUUUGAUAAUUUCAAUAAAUGGCUUCUUUUGCCAUUUCUUGC